AUGCACAAUGACCUCCGACUUGGCCAUUCCUCGCUUCGCCAUGGGCAGGGAAAUCUCACAUCGGCCCUCGCCUCGCCGCUGCUGGGAUUCAAACGGUUGUUGAUGGGCGCGGCCUCUCGCUUCUCCAACCAACGCUUCGUCUUCAGCCUGGCGGCGCUCGCCGUCCUGGGCGCCAAAUUCAUCCACAUCAAGAGCCACAUGUCCGCUCUGCCGACGGUCCACCUUGUGAACUGGGGCUACUCGUUCUUCGCACAAGACUUUGUCUUGUUGAUCAUCCUGCGACUGCUGCUCGGAGGAUGGCUCUCUCCCGGCCGUAGCAGCGAGGGCCUGGGGUUCUGGCGCCGCGUGGCGGGCAUCGCCAGUUGGUGCUUCAUCGGCUUCGUGAUCGGCCUGAACAUCGUCGGCAUCUGCUUCUUCGCGACCUCCGGCUCGGAGAUCCACUGGUCCAACAUCGGCCUCGCGGGUGACGCCGCCGGGCGUGCUCUGUUGCUGACGGGGCUCUUCACGUUGGCCGUCGUCUUUGGGGUUAUGAGCCUCGUGGCCUGGGCUCUGAAGGAUUUCUUGUUCGUCGCCGUUGGCUUGGCGGCGGAUAUAGUUUCUUGGCCGUUCCUUUUUGCGGCACGUCGCCGCGCUUGCGGCCCCCAACCCCAUUGGGCGACGUAUGCCGAGGUUCCUCAACAUGACGUCGAGCAGGGCACCAAGGAGGGAGGAUCUCGAACGCCGAGAGGCUUCGACUUUUCCAACGGCCUAGAGGGCGUCAAGAGGUGGCCUUGGAUGUGGAUGUUUUGGCUGGCGGCUUAUACGGCGGCCGGGGUCGGACUCGGUGCGCAAGUUGUUAUGUGCAGCCUUCGACCCCACGACGGCUCGUUGACGUUCAUGUCGUGGACCACGACUCUGCUCCCCUUCAUCGACUUUAAGAACUCGUCACCAAACUUGUCGGGACUUCUCCCUGUUUUCGGCUCCGGGAUCGGCCGCGAAUGGGACAACCGAACCGCGCUCGCAGACCCGAUGCCGUUCUCUUGGUUGCCCAAGGACCCGAUCCAGGGCUUUGAGGACUGGUACACUAACAAGCCACACUACAACGCGAGCGCCGACCCCUUAAAGAUCUCCAACUUGGAGGCCCAGUUGCUUCCCGAGCUUCGGAAGAAGCUCAAGGAUGUGCCCAUCCGACACGUCGUGACCAUCGUGCUCGAAAGCACACGAAAAGACGUCUUCCCGCUCAAACACAACCAGAUCAACGAGGAACGUCUGAAGGAAAGCUGGGGCCACGAAGGUCUGCCCGAGGAGGUCUUGGAGCGGCUCAGGACACUAACCCCGGUCGCCAAGUUCCUCACAGGUGAUCACGACGACGGUUUCGGCCCCAAGAACAAGAAGGAGAAGAGCCGGGGCGGUCUCAACUUCAACGACGCCUACACGACUUCCACUUACACUCUCAAGAGCAUGACGGGCACUCUGUGCGGCGUCACGCCACUCAUCGCCGACUUCAACCUCGAGUACCUGCACCACAUCUACCAGCCGUGUCUCCCGCACAUCUUUGGCGCCCUCAACACCCUCAAGAAGGAGGAGAAGGAGAAGGACGAGCGCGCGUUCGGGUCGUACGACUGGAAAUCCUCGUUCAUGCAGUCGGUGAUCAUGGACUUUGACAACGCCGGCCCUCUGAUGAAGAAGAUCGGGUUCCCCAAGGACAGGGUGAUCGACAGCGCGUACCUGCGAAGCGAUGAGGCCAAGUUCGGCAAGGUCGACCUGCCCAACGUCAACUACUUCGGCAUGCAGGAGACGCCCCUGCUGGACUACAUCCGGGACGAGUUCGAGUCGGCCAAGAAGUCCAACGAGCGCGUCUUCCUCACCCACCUCACCAGCACCAGCCACCACCCGUACAACAUGCCCAAGAACGAGACCUACGUGCCCCUCGGCCGCGGCCUGGACGACCUCUCGCACUACCUGAACGCCAUCGGCUACGACGACCGCUGGCUCGGCAAGGUCCUGGACGUGCUCGACGAGACGGGCGUCGCCGACGAGACCCUCGUCGUGCUGGUCGGCGACCACGGCCUCUCGAUCCCGGAGAACGGCAUCCUCGCCUCCUACUACAACCCCAACACCGCGAGCAAUCACGUGCCGCUCGUCCUCUCCCACCCGAAGCUGCCGCCGCUGACCGUCGACGACGCCGUCUCGACGCAGCAGAUCGUGCCGACGAUCCUCGACCUGCUCGUCGAGACGGGCUCGCUCUCGGCGCCCCGCUCCGCCGCCGCCGCCGACCUCGCGCGCAACUACGAGGGCCAGUCCCUCCUCCGGCCCGUCUACAAGUCCCUCGACACGGGCACCGGCGCCGCGUGGGACCCGGCGGACCCGCGCUCGCGCGAGGUCGCCAACUGGCAGUUCACCGUGAUCAACCCGGGCCGGGCGAUGGUGGGCGUGCGGGACGCGCGGCACCGCGGGUGGCGGAUGGUCGUGCCCGUCGUGGACAACAUCGAGUGGCGGUUCACGGACGUGGACGCGGACCCGGCGGAGAAGACGCCGGUGCUCGGGUUCGACUUUGGCGGGUUCAUGAUGAAGACGGCCGAGGUCCACGGCGAGGAGGCCGCGCGGUGGGCCGAGGAGGCGGCGUUCAUGGCGAGGUGGUUUGUCGAGGAGAACAGCAAGCGAUGGCGUUACGGACCUUACGCGGCGUAUUGA